GUGGGGAUUGGGAGAAGAGAGGGGGAAGGCAGCAAGGUGGUGAAGGAGCUCAGGGUCUAGGCAAUCACCUUUCCGAAAAGAUAUGUUCCUUUAGUUCUUCGAUACAUUCCGGUCUGUGCUCAGGGAAGAAAGAUUGAUCGUCGAUGGUGGUGUGAUUCAACGAAAAUCAGAAUGGUUUAAAGAGUGCCUCAAUUGAACACUCGAACUACGACGACCCGAACGAAAGUGAUACCGCAGUGCGAUAUCGAUCACAAUCUCUGGGCGUGUUCAAAAAGGGUCUCCGAAUCUGGUCGAUCGCUCCACACCCAUCUAUUCACGAGAUAUCACCAUGGCUUUUUGCAGUGCGAGUACUUUGUGCUUUGCGGCCAUUUGUGCGUUAAUAUCUGGGGCACUUUUAGCCAUUUCAUUCUCCACAGACAAUUGGCAAGUGAUUCGCGUCAAGCGAAAUGAACUCGAGAACUCCUUGUCCUUGAGUCCAGAGGAUGAGCUAUUCCAAAAGUUCAAUUCGAGUCCACUGUUCUUCACGCGAACACGAGGAUUGUUCCGAGAAUGUUUCUUGGGAGAGAAGCGCAACGCUCCCAACGAUGGAGAAGUCAUUGAAUUGUACAUGUCCCCUGUGGAAACCUGGUGCCACAAUUUGAAUUACUAUAUUCCUGAUGAGGAGGGAGUAACCAAGGAUUUUUCGGCCGAGAACAUGACUAGAAUCCAUAUGGGCCGGGCCAUGAUUGCUCUGUUCAUUGUGGCCUUCUUCUUUAUGUUCGUCUCAUUCACCACUGGAAUCGUUGGAUGUUGGAGAACAUCCCCUUCGAACAUUACAUCGUCCGGAAUUCUCAUGCUGAUGGCUUGUCUAUUCGCUGCGGGUGCCAUGGGUUUGUGGCACGGCGUCGAGCAUUACGAGAAGAACAAGAUCAAUGAGCGAUCAAACAUUGAGCUUUUUGUUCGCAGUUGGCCCAAAAUCCUCAUUGACAACACGGAAUUCAAGUAUGACUGGAGUUACAUCGUGGCGUGGGUUGGUGUGGCCAUGGCCCUGUGCUCAUCCAUCCUAUUUUCGUUGGCUGCAGUGUGCAUCAAGAAUGACCGGGAACGCGAGGAAGCCAUGAACAUGCAAUAUCUGAUGCCAGUGUAUCCUCAAAAGCAACAAACUUAUGGACCAGGACCCGGAGCUUAUGGAUACCCCGCUUAUCCUGGACCAGCCGCUUAUUAUGGAUCUCAAUAUGGAUUAGCCUAUAACCAGUACUAACUUGAAAGCUACUACAACAUACCUGCUCAACCCCAGGGUGGAUUUUUGCUUCAAAUAUAAAACUAGACAACGAUCGUCCCGACCACCCCUAUCGAGCUUCGGGACAUAAUCAUCCUACGGAUCCCUCUCCCAGCCUGCAUGAGUACCGAGUGUGUUCACCUCACAUAUGUUCUUUCUAUGGAGGUGUGUGUGUGUGUUUGUAAGUUUGUUUGAAAUGAGCGGCCAAUAGUAGGUUUGCGAAACAUUAGGAAUUUAUCAAGUUACUGAGUUACUACUAUUAUCUUAGUGUUGAUUGAACUAAACCAAUAAAAAUGUAAAGACACG